GUUUCUUUUCCCGCAUCGUGUGUGUGUGUGUGUGUUCCCGCCUCAGCCAUGGAACAGUGUGCGUGUGUGGAGCGGGAGCUGGAGAAAGUGCUCCACCGCUUUGUAAUGUAUGGACACCAGUCUGAGGAGAGGCUAGAUGAACUUCUGCGCAGCGUCUGCGACAUACGUGCACAACUAGUGGCUUUUGCAGGAGUACAAGAUGCAGACCUAUCAGUCCUUUCCCAGAACAUGGCCCAGUGUUGUAAGAACAUCAAAGAAACAGUGCAGAUGCUGGCAUCUCGGCAUAAAGACAUUCACGGCAGUGUGUCUAAAGUCGGCAAAGCCAUCGACAGGAAUUUUGAUGCUGAGAUCAGUGCUGUUGUGGCAGAGACAGUGUGGGACACCCCAGAACGACAGAAAUACCUGAGUGAGUCCAUCGUGGAGCACUUGUACCGGCAAGGAAUGCUCAGUGUUGCAGAGGACCUCUGUCAGGAGUCCGGCGUAGUCAUCGACAUGAGCAUGAAGCAGCCUUUCCUGGAGCUAAACCGGAUCCUUGAAGCUCUGAGGAUGCAGGACCUGAGGCCGGCAUUAGAGUGGGCCGUUUCUAAUCGCCAGCGCCUUCUGGAGCUGAACAGCAGUUUAGAGUUCAAGUUGCACCGUCUGUACUUCAUAAGUUUGCUCAGCGGAGGAAUCGGCAACCAGAUGGAGGCCCUGCAGUAUGCCAGGCACUUCCAGCCGUUCGCAUCCCAACACCAGAGAGAUAUCCAGAUCUUGAUGGGCAGCCUGGUCUAUCUACGUCACGGCAUUGAAAACUCUCCGUAUCGCAGCCUGUUGGAGACAAACCAGUGGGCCGAGAUCUGUAACAUCUUUACCAGGGACGCCUGUGCUCUGCUGGGCCUCUCUGUAGAGUCUCCACUUAGUGUUAGUUUUGCAUCAGGAUGCAUGGCCUUACCAGUGCUGAUGAACAUCAAGCAGGUCAUCGAACAGCGGCAAUGCAGCGGCGUGUGGACGCAUAAGGACGAGCUCCCCAUUGAAAUCGACCUGGGAAAGAAGUGCUGGUACCAUUCUGUGUUUGCCUGCCCGAUUCUUCGGCAGCAGACCUCCGAGAGCAACCCUCCCAUGAAGCUCAUCUGUGGCCACGUCAUCUCCAGAGAUGCGCUCAACAAACUCACCAACGCCGGGAAGUUGAAAUGCCCUUACUGCCCCAUGGAGCAGAACCCGUCACACGCCAAGCAGAUCUACUUUUGAUACCAUACACUCUGCUCGUCAAGGAUGAAGUCACCUGGAGCUCUUUGAAUGUCCAGGACCCUUUGCUCUGGCCCCUGUCCUCUGCCCCCCCCCCACCCCCCGGCCCCUUGGCCCGUUUGUUGUAAGCAUUACGGUUUUAUCCCAGUGCUCCUCUGGACGGCCUCGGCAGUCCCGUAAACCCACCUCGGACCCUCCAACUCUGCAUAGCGUUACAAGUCCUGCACGGUUGGGUCGAACGACAGCUUGUAGUCGAGAGAAGAGUCGAUGAGCACGUCCUCACGAAGAAGAAGCGCCUCUGAAGAAAAGAUCCAUCUGUUAAAAAUCAUUUGCAAAUGCCUGCAGAGUUAUAGGCUUAUCAUAUAUAUUAAUUUUUAUUGCUCCGUUUUUUUUUUUGUUUUGUUGCUCUUUUGACUUUUUGAGUUGAACACGUUUUUUUUUUUUCUUUUUAUUUGAAAAGCAGAGGGAUGAAUCUAAAUGGGUGUAGUGUUUUUGAGUGUAGAUGGGCAGAGUCUGCUGUCGGGACGGCGAUACGCUUGUUUUACUUCUGAGAUAACCCACAGAGCAGCAAACUCCACUGAAGGCUCAUUAUUUCCUGGUUAUGAGGGGGGGGGGGGGGUAAAAGUGUGGCAUUCUCCCUUUAAUUGAACUCUUUGAUUGCGGCUCCUCCAUGUUGUAUUAAAGGCCCCACAUAGCCUGAAAGCCGCCGCUGGUAAAAACGGUGAAUUCCUCAGCUCGUGGAACGGCUUUCUUUUUCUUUCUUUCCUUUUUUUUUUUUUUCUUCUGUGACUGACUGCACCAGCAAGAGUUUCCUAAUUAUAGAAGCCAUUUGUCUUGUCCUGUGUGUGUGUAUUUAACAAAAGUGACAAAAAGCAAAGAAAAAAAAAUAUACAGUGCACUACUGUGAAA